AUGUUCCGCGCACAGUCAAACAUCUUCGACGAUGUCGUCGGCAAGGCUACAGAUGAGAAUUUGACUAGCGAAAACUGGGAAUAUAUUCUGGAUGUAUGCGACAAAGUCGGAUCUUCUGAUACGGGCGCGAAAGAUGCUGUCGCCGCCAUGAUCAAGCGGUUAGCACACCGCAAUGCUAACGUGCAACUCUACACCCUCGAGCUUGCCAACGCCCUCAGCCAGAAUUGUGGCAUACAGAUGCACAAGGAGCUUGCAUCGAGAAGCUUCACAGAUGCACUGCUACGGUUGGCAAACGACCGCAACACGCACCAGCAGGUCAAGGCUAAGAUUCUGGAGCGCAUGGCAGAAUGGUCGGAUAUGUUUGCGCGCGAUCCUGAUCUGGGCAUCAUGGCCGGCGCGUAUAUGAAGCUAAAGUCACAGAACCCAAAUCUCCGGGCCCCCUCAAAGCCACAGAAGACGCAAAUCUCGGAUACGGACCGCCAGAAGGAAGAAGAAGAGCUCCAGAUGGCACUGGCUAUGUCGAUACGGGAAUCCAAGGGCGCAGCACCAUCUGCAGCCAAGUCAAACGCCCCACAAGAGUCGAGCCACGCAUCCUCCUCACAGCCUGCACAGCCAGUGCAGCCACAGCCGUCGGGUACAACAGCAGCGACAGUCUCACGCGUGCGAGCGCUAUUCGACUUCCAGCCUUCGGAGCCUGGUGAGCUGCAGUUCCGCAAGGGUGACAUCAUCGCAGUGCUAGAAUCAGUAUACAAGGACUGGUGGAAAGGAUCCCUCCGUGGACAAACGGGCAUAUUUCCCCUCAAUUAUGUCGAGAAACUACAAGAUCCAACAAAGGAAGAGCUGGAGAAGGAGGCGCAAAUGGAAGCCGAAGUGUUUGCGCAAAUACGGAAUGUGGAGAAAUUGCUUGCAUUGCUGAGUACUAGCUCUCAAGCAGGUGGUAGCGAUGUACGCGACAACGAGGAGAUUACGGAACUGUAUCACUCAACGCUGGCUAUUAGACCGAAGCUCAUUGAGUUGAUCGGGAAGUACUCACAAAAGAAAGACGACUUCACACAGUUGAAUGAGAAGUUUAUCAAAGCUCGUCGUGACUACGAGUCGAUGCUCGAGGCAUCCAUGUCCCAGCCUCCGCAGCCCGCAUACGGAGGCCGUCCGGCUUAUGGAGCUUACAACGCACCACCUCCCUCCAACUACCCCGGUUACCCGCCUGCAUCACCUGCGCAGCAGCCAGAUGCGCGUUAUGGCUAUGGUGGCGGAGCUCCUCCAGCCCAGGCACCUCCCUACCCUGCUGCUGGACCGAAUCCCGCAUUCUUCAUGGCGCCACCCGGUGAAAGACCCCAGCAACAGACACCAAAGCCAGGGCCACCAUCCGAUCCUUAUGCUCUACCACAAGGUAGGGUUCCUGUAGGUGGACGACCGCAAAGCUAUGCUCCUCAGGAGUUGUCUACUGGCCAUUACGACUCACCUGUGGACAAUCGGCAGACUUUUGCCCCAUCAAACCCACCACAAGCAGGCCCUUCAGCACCACAAGGAUACGAUUAUCCUCCAGCUUCUCAGCAGCCACAAGGCUACCAUCCCCAGCAGACUGCUCCAUCGCAACCGCAAGGCUAUCCUCCGCAGCAAAGUGCCCCACCACAGCAACAACCGCAAGCAUCAUACGAGCACAUCUCGUCGCCACCUCCACAGCAACCUCCCCAUGAUACCCAGCCUCCCUCGGAGCCUUAUACCCAGCCGCAGCCACCGCAGCAAGGCUAUGGAUACCCGCCAGCGCAACCGAGUUAUGCACCGCCUGCUCCUCCCGGAGGUUCAAGCAGCCCCCCACCGGCAGCGCAAACAUAUUUACCAUAUCGGCCUGGAGGUCAAGCACCAAGUGCACCACCUGUUGGUGGAGACGAAAGUUUCUACCGGUGA